UGCUGUCUCUGGAGACAAGAAGCCUUCAGUAUGUUAAAUUACUUUCAUUAUGUAUUUUCAGAAGCCUAUUGAUUCCACAGUAGGAAGAGUGAGAGACUGCAGCAGCCUCUAAGCAGCACUACAUGUUCCAUACAUUAGCAGUCCUGCUGAAACAAUGGCACGGUACAGACACAUGUUUUCAUUAAGGUCUUUUUGGAAGAGAUGUUUAUGACCCUCUUCCCCCAGUCCUCUACUAACAAGUGAACAAAAUGAAUCAAUCAAAACUGGAAACGCUUCAACUACAUCAAGAAUUUAUCAAAUCUUUAGCGGAGGGCCCAAAGCAGCUAAUUCAGUAAUUACAACUGACAAUAUGAAGAAUGCAUCCGACCGAUCAUCUCCCUAGCUGUCUGGACCACAAACUGCAGGAUAUUCUUGUAAUACAUGAUUUUAAGACAUUAAGGAGUUAAAACCAGAGAACCUAGGUCUACAUUACUGCUGGGAUAUAACACAUCGACAGUAAUCAUCCUAAGAAGAUGCUGUAUAAAAUAGCCACAAAACGAAAAACAAUAUAAUUGUAAAAGCCUGAAAAUAAAAUGGUGAGCAUUUUUAAAGGGGGAGUUUACACUUCAACAUACCGGAAUUGUGGAGCCACUGAUUAUUGAAGAAACAAUGAGACAUGGAUUGCCAAAAGAAUGACAUACAUUACCAGCAAGUUGAAUGAAGCUUUAGCAAGUAUUUUCUGCACUAAAUAUUCAGAUAUUCAUAUCAACUGCUAUUACUAAAGGAUUUUUCCAUCUGAGUUUUAUGACCAAUUAUGUAUCCUCUUCUAAUGAAAACAAACCAAAUUAAAUAGCAGAUGGUUUUUAUCAAGAGAAUAUGGACUGGAUUUACAAUAUAAAGCAAGUUAUGUGAUCAAGAAAUCAUUUCAAAAUGAUGAGGACUGCAAUAGAAACAGAUUUACAUUUGUAACAAAAGGAUGUCUAAAUACAUUUUAGAAGCUAGAAACCUUAUGUUUCCUUUUUUGUUUUCACAUGUUCUGGAAAAUAAAGAGACAUCAUCAUAUAUUCCCUCAGCGGGAAACAAUUCCUAUCAUUUGAGGAAGUUUCUCUUGAUCGUGACUUUUUAAGGCAAAACAAACACAAAUAUUUUACUGGUCAUUAGAAAUCCAUCAGCCAACUAAAUCUCACAAUUCAUGCAGUUGAAGUGUUGGAGAGAAAAAUGAAAGAAUUCCUACAAGACAUGAAAUAAAACACAGCUACUUCACUGUUGUCAGGGAAAAAACCAACUGCUCCAAAAGAAUGUGUUUUUCUCCCAUUCUGGAAAUCAACAUGCAGUCUGAAUCUAACAUUACAGUGCGAGAUGACAUUGAUGACAUCAACACCAAUAUGUACCAACCACUAUCAUAUCCAUUAAGCUUUCAAGUGUCUCUCACCGGAUUUCUUAUGUUAGAAAUUGUGUUGGGACUCGGCAGCAACCUCACCGUACUGGUACUUUACUGCAUGAAAUCCAACUUAAUCAACUCUGUCAGUAACAUUAUUACAAUGAAUCUUCAUGUACUUGAUGUAAUAAUUUGUGUGGGAUGUAUUCCUUUAACUAUAGUUAUCCUUCUGCUUUCACUGGAGAGUAACACUGCUCUCAUCUGCUGUUUCCACGAGGCUUGUGUAUCAUUUGCAAGUGUCUCAACAGCAAUCAACGUUUUUGCUAUCACUUUGGACAGAUACGACAUCUCUGUGAAGCCUGCAAACCGAAUUCUGACAAUGGGCAGAGCUGUAAUGCUAAUGACAUCCAUUUGGAUUUUUUCAUUUUUCUCUUUCCUGAUACCCUUUAUUGAGGUAAAUUUUUUCAGCCUUCAAAGCGGCAAUACAUGGGAAAACAAGACACUUUUGUGUGUCAGUACGAAUGAGUACUACACUGAACUGGGAAUGUAUUAUCACCUGCUAGUACAGAUCCCAAUAUUCUUUUUCACUGUCAUAGUAAUGUUAAUCACAUACACCAAAAUACUUCAGGCUCUUAAUAUUCGAAUAGGCACAAGAUUUUCCACAGGGCAGAAGAAGAAGGCAAGAAAGAAAAAGACAAUUUCUCUAACCACACAACAGGAGACUACAGACAUGUCACAAAGCAGUGGUGGGAGAAAUGUGGUCUUUGGUGUUAGAACUUCAGUCUCUGUAAUAAUUGCCCUCCGGCGAGCUGUGAAACGACACCGAGAACGACGAGAAAGGCAAAAAAGAGUCUUCAAAAUGUCUCUAUUGAUUAUUUCUACCUUUCUUCUCUGCUGGACACCAAUUUCUGUUUUAAAUACCACCAUUUUAUGUUUAGGCCCAAGUGACCUUUUAGUAAAAUUAAGGUUAUGUUUUCUAGUCAUGGGUUAUGGAACAACUAUAUUUCACCCUCUAUUAUAUGCAUUCACUAGACAAAAAUUUCAAAAGGUCUUGAAAAGUAAAAUGAAAAAGCGAGUUGUUUCCAUAGUGGAAGCUGACCCCAUGCCUAAUAAUGCUGUAAUACACAACUCUUGGAUAGAUCCUAAAAGAAACAAAAAAAUUACCUUUGAAGAUAGUGAAAUAAGAGAAAAGUGUUUAGUACCUCAGGUUGUCACAGACUAGGGAAAAGUCUAAGUUUCACCAAACCCACAUUCAGAAGUUUUAAAUUUAAAUUGUAAAAAAAUGAAAUUACUGCCAAAUAUAAGAAAAACAUUUUAAGUAUUGGUUAUGUUGUAAAUUUUCAAUGUAAAUGUCAAGAUUAGAUUAGGUCAUAUAUAUUCAAUUUCUUCUUUACUUAGUGUAUUUGUUGCAUGGCAGUUUGUUAAAGUAAUAUCAUGUGUAUAUUUUGUCAAUAUUAUGUCCAUCAGAAGAUAUUCAUGUAAGUCAUAUUUUCUAAAGAAUAAAUACAUAGCCUUAAAACAGUGUAUAACUUUAAAAUAUAACUGACACAGAUAUUCUUGUUUUUUUUUUUAUAAAGUGUAUUGCUUCUAAGCCAAUGUAGAUGUAUUUAUAUGCUGACACUGGAGUAGCAUUUUUAUAUUAAAAAAAACAAAAUUACUGGCUCCAAACAACCAAAACAAUCCAGGAUUUCCUAUAUCCCUAUAUUGUGUUUUCUACUAUAAUCUAUUUGCUGUAAUAAUUGAUGCAUCAAAAAUAAUGAACUACGUAUGAAACUUUAUCCUUUUUGGAAUGUAGAAAAUUGUAGGGUUUAUCAGGAUUUUAAAAUUCAAGAACCAAAAAACAAACAGCUUUGUAUAUGCACACCAAGAUAGGGAAACUCUGAAACUCAAGUUUGUUAUGAAAAGGAGAUUGAUUUUCCUAAUA